CUGAUCUGAUCUCUAGUCCUCAGAGGUCAUUCUCGCUACAGUUACAGCCACUUGUUGCCAAAUCGCUGAGAGAGCGCGAGCGCGUCGCGAAACCGUUUUCAUAAAAAGCUAUUUCUUUGCUUUCACGACGCACAUCUAGAUGUUAAGACGGGAAUACAACUACUUCUGACUUUGUUUGGGGGAAAAAGGUCACUUUUGAGCAAAUUCUUCGCAUUUGACGGGAGAAGCAUGGUUGACAACACAAGCAUAGCAACUAAAUCUGCACUGCAAGCCGCUUUCUCGUCGGCGAGCACUCUUCCUCUGCUGGUCAGCUCCUCCGGCGCUCACAGUAACUCGAGCGGCGGCAGCGGGAUGAAGCUGGAGGCGGUCAUGGAGAACCUGCAGCGACAGCAGGCGGCUCGACUCGCUCUGGAGGAGAAACUCCGCCAAGCCGAGAAGGAAAAAGACAUCAGGUCUAUGGUGGAGUCGCAAAUUCAACAGCAAGCUAUCGCUUUCCGCCACUAUCAAGCAGCGGUGAGGGGAGCGUUCGCAUCGGGAGCCCCGAACUCGAGCCCCGGCCACCCACAUGAGCGCACAGCCGACUCCGACAUCGACAAUGAGGAUGACGACCCAGACCUGGACCGCGGCAUGGACGAUGAAGAUCGCGACUUGGAGGAAGAUGACAGUAUGAACGAGGCUGGAGGGGAUGAAGAUUUGGAAGGACCCCUAGCUCAUUACCCACCGCGCCUUGCUGUUUAUCCCGGUGCCAGGCAGUCUCCAAAAAGUACCCCGAUACAUCUGUCCAGAGUCCAGCCAACCUAUCCAGCUCCAAGGCAGGCUGAAUCACCGAGUGGUUUGGCACCACAAGCACAAUCGCAGCACCACGAAUGGACUUAUGAGGAGCAGUUCAAACAGCUGUACGAACUGGACAAUGAUGAGAAAAGAAAGGAGUUUCUCGAUGAUCUCUUCAGUUUCAUGCAAAAAAGAGGGACUCCAGUGAAUCGGAUUCCUAUCAUGGCCAAGCAGGUGUUGGAUCUCUACACUCUCUACAAGCUUGUCACCGAAAAAGGCGGCUUAGUGGAAGUCAUCAAUAAGAAAAUAUGGCGCGAGAUUACCAAAGGCCUGAACCUCCCUACCUCCAUCACCAGUGCGGCUUUCACCCUCCGAACACAGUAUAUGAAGUACCUUUAUCCUUAUGAAUGUGAAAAGCGGGGACUGAGCUCUCCCGGGGAGCUUCAGGCAGCUAUCGACAGCAACCGUCGCGAAGGCAGGAGACAGAGUUAUGGCUCCACCCUCUUUAACUACUCCCCCGUGGGCACCCCCACCCUGCUGGCUUCCCCAAAACUCCAGAUGCCCCACAUCAGCAUGCCCACUCCCAACGGCGGGCACAUGACCUCUGUUAUCAAGAAAGAGGACUCCCUGCUGUCCAGCUGCCUGACUAACAGGAUGGGCAUCCCUGUGUCUUUGGCCAGCCACCACAGUGCAGCUCAGGCGGCUGCGGCUCAGGCUGCAGCUGCAGCAGCUGUGCAGGCGGCCGCAUUGGAGCAGCUCCGGGAGAAGCUGGAGUCUGGAGAGCCACCGGAGAAGAAAGUGAUGUUGAUGGCAGAGGAGCAGCAGAGGAUAAUGCAACAUGCAUUACAGCAGAAUCUCUUCGCCAUGGCAACCCAGCUACCCAUCAACAUCAAACUGAACAAUAGAGAUGAUAGACAAGAGACUGCAUUGAACCUGUCUACCAACGGCAUUAGCAGCAUCAACAUGUCAAUAGAAAUAAAUGGGGUUGUCUACACAGGGGUCCUGUUUGCCCGUAAGCCAGCCAUAGGUUUCAUGCCAGGCAGCCAGCGAGUCCAUCACCAACACAGCUCUCAGGGAAAGAGCAGCAGCCCAGGGCUCAGCACCCAGAUGCAGCCGUCCUCCUCUUCCUCCUCCUCACACGGACCAGCCACCUCCCCUUGA